AUGAGAGCAGCUGAAGAAGCUCUAGCAGCGAAGAAAUAUGAAGAACCAUCUUUUGAGCUAUCAGGGAAACUUGCCGAAGAAACCAGCAGAUACAGAGGUAUCACACUCCUCUUCAGUGAGCCAUCCGAAGCUAGAAAACCCACCCAAAGAUGGAGACUCUAUGUAUUUAAGGAUGGUGAACCACUGAACGGGAAAUGGAAAAGGAGAAACCAGAUGGAAAAGCUUAUUGAACCAGAGUGA